AUGUCACUAUCCUCACUUGCCACCUUAAUCUCAAACUCUGUGGCCACUAUCGAAAGAGCUGUAGCAGAUGCAUCAAAAAGUCGACAAUUUCAACAAUCUAGACAUGGUAGCAGCUCUCGUCCUGCCCCCGUCACUCCUCAUGAUGUUCUCGAAGCCGUUGAUUUGAUAGUAGCAGCCUGUGCCGAGCUCACCGCCAAAGUACAAGAUAGUACUGGAUUCAUUUGCAAACAUGCUCUUGGGUUCAAUGUUUCAUCUGCAAUUCGAGUGGCCGUCGAAGGUCAUAUCCCGGAAAUCUUGAGACCUCAUGGCACAACAGGACUUCACAUCAAUCAGAUUGCGGAAAAAUGUGAUGCUAACUCAAAUCGAUUGGAACGAAUCCUUCGGCUAUUAGUCUCUCAUCAUAUCUUUACCUCACCUAAACGUGGAUGGUUUGCCAAUAACCGACAUAGUCUGGCACUUGAUACCGGUAAACUGGCGGAAGAAUUGCCCAAAGAGCUGAAUUCUGAAAAAUACAUGGGACCCAACACACUUCCAGCCUUAAUCACUCAUUCAACCGAUGAGAUGUUCAAAUCUUCAUCACAUUUAACCGAAUGUAUAUUAGAACCUUCAAGUUCAAGAUCUUUCUUUGGCGAUCAAUCUCCUUUUUCUCAUGCAUUUGAAACUGGAAUGGAUUUUCAAACCUUUUUACAACUCAGUUUCGAUCAGGAGGUUCGCUUGAGGCGUUUCAUAGAUAAAUGUGAAUGCGGACUGAUUGAUGACUUUGCAUUGAAUGAUAUGAUCGUCAGCACAGCGACCGAGUGCUUAUCGCGAAUCGGUGCUAGCGAUCAGGGUCUGGGUGCCUACAACUGGGCUACGAUAGGUAACGGCUUAUUGGUAGACGUGGGCGGUGGAGUCGGACACGUUCCUUUGAGUUUAGCUCGAUCUUACCCAAACUUGCGGAUCGUCCUUCAAGACCGCGUAGAAGUCAUUGCUCAGGCAGUUACGUUUUGGCAAAAGCACUUCCCACAAGCUGUGAAAUCGAAACGUGUUGUAUUGGAAGCUCAAAACGUCUUUGAUCCCCAAAAACGUAAGGGAAUUCGGGUGUUUUAUGUUCGCUUUGUGAUUCGAGAAUGGAAUGAUGCUCAGGCUGUUAGGAUUCUUACCAAUUUAUCGAAAGCCUCUUCGUCUUCCACGAAAUUGAUAUUGGUAGAAAGAACUGUUACAAAUUGGAGUCAACAGUCAGUAAAUGAUUGUCCAUUACAAUCGUGGGAAAUUCUGAAAGAUGCAAGGAUUCCAAGGAAUGUCCAAUCUUCGUUUUGUCACAAUGAAGAUCAUCCUGCAAUUCUGGAAGAGACGGGUCGACCCUUGAUCGACUUAUUAGAUGCACAGUUGAUGCUAUAUGGACCCGGUCGAGAAAGAACUUUGGAAGAAUUGAUUUUACUUCUUCGUGAUUCGAAUUGGAAAGUGGACAAGAUCAGUCGACCAGGUACAUCCUCACUUACUCAAUUGAUAUGUGUUCCAAUCAUUCGACCUGAGGACGAGGAAGAGCCAACUGGAGCAUGGCAUAAACGACCUUCAUCAUCAUCUGUUGCUCAAGAAGCAUCUACCUCUCCUACUUCAAGUCCCCAAAAAGUUAAGUCUGUUCUGGGUAGAUUGGACUCGACUUUAAAGGCACAAGAAAAAGAACAAGCUCAAGAUGGUCAAGAGGAUUUUAGUCCAGAGAAUCAAGAGCAUGUUACGAAAGAUAGUCGAGGGUCUAUCAGCCCAGAUGACGAAGGUCCUAUUAGUCGAGCCGUCGUACCGAUGAUCAUGAUCACCAGUGAGGGCGGCACACAAGAGAGCGCUCUGCCGAAAGAUUCUGAUAUUCCGGACCAAGUGAACACAGAUUCAUCAACUAAGAAUGACACCCAAAUGGUCGAAGAUACACCAAUCUCAACUGUCGAAGGGGCCUUGCAUUCUAAUGAAGCUCCUUAA